UAAUUCAUCUGUAAAUCUCCAUCUUGUUUCCAGUUAUUCCAGCCAGCAGUCUCCAGCUGAGUGGUCAAGGCACAGAAGGUCUUCAGACUAUCGCCAUGACAAAUGCAGCCACAGCAGGAGGGGCUGUAGUCCAUUAUGCCCCUGGCUCUGACCCUCAGUUCAUUGUCCCAGUUGCAACAGGUGAUUUGAGUAGCCUUAAAAUAGCCACGAGUACAAGUGCUGGGCUGGCACAGGGUGUGGUUCUGGCAACCACUGGUUCAGCAGUUCAUGGUUCUGGUGAUCAGAUAGCAGAGGAAGCUUCUCGGAAACGUGAAAUAAGGCUUAUGAAAAACAGGUAUGAGAUGUGGUUUCAGUUGUUUCAUUAGGUUUUGAUAGUCUAAUCAACUUCCUAAUAUUCUUAUUUAUUCCACUUUUUUUAUUAUUAAACUUUACAUUUAUUCUUCACAUUGUAAAUGCUUAUUAUAUGGGUAAAUUUCCAUUUUGAAAGUUAAUUUAGCCCUUUAACAUCAUACACCAAUGAUAUGUAGAAAAUAAAAUACACCCUGAAAUGU